UGGGAGGGCUGUCUCUGCUGCUCUGCCCCCAGAGACAAUCAGGGAUUCAGGCCCUGAAGCCAGGGGGGAACAAUGGGGCCCUUGAGUGCCCCUCCCCCAGCCCCCAUUGUGCUUGGUGGUGAGAGGUGGCCCUGGCCCUGCUGCACAUCCUCGGGGAGGAUCAGCAUCUGCACAGGUGGAAGGGCUCAGAGACAGACGCACAUUUCCUGGCCUGGAGAAGGUCCCGCCCGCCUGCCCCUAUGACCAACAUGAGCUGGAGCUUCCUGACGCGGCUGCUGGAGGAGAUCCACAACCACUCCACCUUUGUGGGCAAGGUGUGGCUCACGGUGCUCGUGGUAUUCCGCAUAGUGCUGACCGCCGUGGGCGGUGAGUCCAUCUACUCCGACGAGCAGGCCAAGUUUACCUGCAACACGCGGCAGCCAGGCUGCGACAAUGUCUGCUACGACGCCUUCGCGCCUCUGUCGCACGUGCGGUUCUGGGUCUUCCAGAUCGUGGUCAUCUCCACGCCUUCAGUCAUGUACUUGGGUUACGCUGUCCACCGCCUGGCCCGCGCGUCGGAGCAGGAGAGGCGCCGAGCCCUUCGCCGCCGCUCUGCGCCCCGCCGCGGGCCCCGGGCACAGCUGUCGCCUGCUCACUGGCCCGAGCCCGGAGACCUGGGCGAGGAAGAGCCUAUGCUGGGUCUGGGUGAGGAGGAGGAAGAGGAAGAGCCGGGCACAGCUGAGGGUACAGGGGAGGACGGAGAGGAGGUGGGCGCUAAGGGGGCCAGCGCGGACGGCAAGGCGGCGGGAGUCCCAGGCCCUGCUGGGCAGCACGACGGGCGGAGGCGCAUCCAGCGGGAGGGGCUGAUGCGCGUGUAUGUAGCCCAACUGGUGGCCAGGGCGGCCUUUGAAGUGGCCUUCCUGGUGGGCCAGUACCUGCUAUAUGGUUUUGAGGUGCGGCCCUUCUUCGCGUGCAGCCGCCAGCCCUGCCCGCACGUGGUGGACUGCUUUGUGUCGCGACCCACCGAAAAGACAGUUUUCUUGCUGGUCAUGUACGUAGUCAGCUGCCUGUGCCUCCUGCUUAAUCUCUGUGAGAUGGCGCACUUAGGCCUGGGCAGCGCGCAGGACGCGGUGCGCGGCCGCCGCGGCGCUGGGGUCCCCGCACCCGCCCCCACGCCGCGGCCCCCGCCCUGUGCUUUUCCCGCCGCAGCCGGAGGGUUAGCCUGCCCGCCUGACUACAGCCUUGUGGUGCGGGCGGCUGAGCGCGCGCGGGCGCACGACCAGAACCUGGCCAACCUGGCCCUGCAGGCACUGCGCGACGGGGCGCCGGCCGGGGACCACGACCAGGACAGCCCGCCCUGUGCCUCGGGGCUCCCAGCGGCCUCCCGGGGGCCCCCCAGGGCAGGCGCCCCCGCGUCCGGGUCUGGCAGCGCCACAUCUGGGGGCACUGUCGGGGAGCAGGGCCGGUCAGGGGCACAUGAUCGGCCUGGUGCCAAGCCCAAGGCCGGCUCUGAGAAGGGCAGCGCCAGCAGCAGGGAGGGGAAGACCACCGUGUGGAUCUGAGAUUGGGGCCCCGGGGCAUGGGCCUAAAUCGGGCUUCCUUAAGGACCAACAGGCUUCCUUCUCACCAUGGCCUCAGGACGACCUCUGCCUCAA